UCUCUAUAAUUCCAUUUUUCAAUUUUCUCUGGAGCAAAAAAUGUUGAAAAUGAUGAAGCUUACUAGUCCUCUUCAUGGAAUUAUUCUGAUUCUCUUUGUCAUUUUAGGCAUAGUGAAUUCAACAUCUGCAACAACAAAUUAUAAUGUGUUAAACUUUGGGGCUAAACCAAAUGGCAAAACAGACUCCACCAAUGCUUUUCUGAAAGCAUGGGACGCAGCCUGUGGCUCAGCAGACUCAACCAUGAUAUAUGUACCAAAAGGGCGAUAUUUGCUUGGUUCUGUGGCAUUCCAAGGAGACUGCAAAAGCCCUCAAAUCACUAUAAGAAUUGAUGGCAACCUGGUGGCACCUGUAGAUUAUCAAGUACUAGGCAAAUCUACCAAUUGGCUUAGCUUUGAAGGAGUAAGCGAUGUUUCUAUCAUCGGUGGUGCACUUGAUGCCAAAGGACCAUCCCUCUGGGAUUGCAAAGCUUCCCACAGCAACUGUCCUUCCGGAGCCACGACGUUGAGUUUUACCAACUCCAACAACAUCAAGAUCCGUGGAUUAAUGUCAUUAAACAGCCAAUUGUUUCACAUUGUGAUCAAUGGCUGCGAAAAUGUGCACGUCCAGGGGGUUAAGAUAAUUGCGGCGGGUAAUAGCCCCAACACCGAUGGCAUACAUGUCCAGUUAUCCAGAAAUGUGGAAAUCAUAAAAUGCUCCAUCAAAACUGGAGAUGACUGCAUCUCAAUUGGCCCUGAUACCCAGAAUUUAUGGAUCGAACAAGUCACUUGCGGCCCUGGUCAUGGCAUUAGCAUUGGAAGUUUAGGCAAGGAUUUGAAAGAGAAAGGGGUCCAAAAUGUAACAGUGUGGAAGACAACAUUUUCAGGUACCCAAAAUGGGCUGAGGAUCAAGUCAUGGGCUAGGCCUAGUAGUGGAUUUGUUCAAGGGGUUCGGUUUAUGAACUCCGUGAUGAGAAAUGUGCAAAAUCCCAUUGUAAUUGACCAGAAUUAUUGCCCUCACAACCUUAAUUGUCCCGAUCAGGUAUCGGGAAUAAAAAUUAAAGAUAUCAUAUAUGAAGAUAUUCGAGGAACAUCAUCCACACCAAUUGCUAUAAAAUUUGAUUGUAGUGUCAAAAAUCCAUGCACCGGAAUAAAAUUGCAAAAUGUGAAUUUGACAUACUUGAACAAAGCUGCUCAAUCAUCUUGUAGCAAUGUGGUUGGGAAAGCAUUUGAUUUAGUUCGACCCAAUAGUUGUUUGUAA